AGGGCGGUGCCAGGCUCUUCUCAGUGGCCCGAUACCCAGCCCCAGCCCUAGCAUAUAGCCGCUGCUGCGCCCUCCACAAACCCGUGGGAGGCGACAGGGACGCGGUAAUGCAGAGGGGAGUUUCCAGGAAGUGCAGUGGCCAUAUUGGAUCCCAUUGAGAGCCAGGAGCUGGGAUUGCAUCGAUUCAGACGACACAAGCUCGGGAGACGUCAGCAUGGCCGCCACUGAUGUAGAGCGGGCAAACAAUGAAGAAAAACGCAGCCUCUCGCUGGGCGGCCAUGUGGGUUUUGACAGCCUUCCAGAUCAGCUUGUUAGUAAAUCAGUUACUCAAGGCUUCUGCUUCAACAUCCUAUGUGUAGGUGAAACUGGCAUUGGAAAGUCUACCUUAAUGAACACCCUUUUUAACACAACAUUUGAAACGGAAGAAGCGAGCCAUUAUGAGAAUGGAGUACGAUUAAGACCACGAACAUAUGAGCUUCAAGAGAGCAAUGUGCACCUGAAACUGACUAUCGUGGACACUGUGGGGUUUGGAGACCAAAUCAACAAAGAGGACAGUUACAGGUCAGUCGUUGACUACAUUGAUACUCAGUUUGAGAAUUAUCUACAAGAAGAACUGAAAAUUCGACGUUCCCUUUUCAACUUCCAUGACUCCAGGAUACAUGUCUGCCUAUACUUCAUCACCCCAACAGGGCAUUCACUAAAAUCCCUGGAUCUAGUGACCAUGAAGAAGCUGGACAGUAAGGUCAAUAUUAUUCCAAUAAUUGCGAAAGCUGACACUAUUUCCAAGAGUGAGCUCCACAAGUUUAAGAUCAAGAUCAUGAGUGAACUGGUCAGCAAUGGUGUCCAGAUCUACCAGUUUCCAACUGAUGACGAUGCUGUAGCAGAGAUCAACUCUGUGAUGAAUGCUCACCUUCCCUUUGCAGUAGUAGGGAGCACAGAGGAGGUAAAAGUUGGGAAUAAGCUGGUGAGAGCUAGACAGUACCCAUGGGGAGUUGUACAAGUUGAAAAUGAGAGCCACUGUGACUUUGUAAAACUGAGAGAAAUGCUGAUUCGGGUCAACAUGGAGGACCUCAGAGAGCAGACGCACACCCGCCACUAUGAGCUAUACAGACGCUGCAAACUAGAAGAGAUGGGAUUUAAAGACACGGAUCCUGACAGCCAGCCAUUCAGUCUUCAGGAAACUUAUGAAGCCAAAAGGAAAGAAUUUCUAGAGGACCUACAUCUUAAAGAGGAAGAAAUGCGGCAGAUGUUUGUGAACAGAGUCAAGGAAACUGAGUCUGAACUGAAGGAGAAGGAACGUGAGCUGCAAGAGAAGUUUGCACAUCUAAAGAAAAUUCACCAUGAUGAGAACAAAAAGCUGGAAGAUAGGAGGAAGGAGUUAGAAGAAGAGAUGAAUGCAUUCAACAGACGGAAAAUAGCAGUGGAGUCCUUGCAGUCACAGUCAUUCCAAGCGACUUCUCAACAGCCUUUAAAGAAAGACAAGAAAAAUUAAGAUGCACAGACUUAUAUGUCAAGAUUGGACUUACAGGUUCAUGUCAUUACUUUGCAUGAAUUCUCACCACCAUCCAUCCUAACAUUGUAUGAAUGGACCAAAGCAUACAGACCACCUGGACACUGCAGAGUUUACAACGUACCCAGUAAUAGUAAUAUGUGCAGGAAUAAUGUGAGUCCUAUUCAGUUUAGAAGCUUGAAGAUAUCUAAUUUUCUAUGCAACACAGAAUGUGUAUUUAAAGCUCUUCCUAAUACAUUUAAUAUUGACAUCCUUAAUAUUUUAUUCUCCUAAUUAUUGACUGAUGACAGAUUUGCUAUUGUUUUUGCUUUUCUGAAAAAGCCUAAGAAGGAACAUUUGAGUCUAAAUCUAGAAUUCUGGUAGUGUUUGGUACAACUGAUAGGUAGUUUACUCUAAAAAGUGGUUCCUCCUAGUCUUAUUAAUGGGGCUGUGGUAUCCAUAACAGACCGUUGUAGAACAUGAAAAUGGUUGUAUUACAUGAAAAUACUGAUGCAGUUAAUUUGAAAGUUAAAGUGGUUUUCUAGUAGUGAAUUUGUUAGAAAAAAAGGCUUAUUCGCUUCACAAAUUCUUCAACGUGGCUCUAGUCCUCGCUGUUCUCCACUUUCCUGUCCUGACUCGACACAGGUCAUGUCUCGGAAUACCCGAUGGUUACUGCUGCGGAAUCACAGGCCAUUUCCUGUGUUUCGAACCAGGAUCGGGAAGCUGAGAGCAGCAGGAACCAGAGCAGCAUCAAAACCAGAAGUGUUGAGGGAUUGGUGACUGUUCCUUCUGGAAAUCUGUAAUAUUGUUUUGUAGUUUUUAACACAGGGUAAAUGUUUCACCAUUGCCAUCUUUUCAUGUGACAAGAUGGAUAAUUCUUAUUCGUAUUAUAUAUAUAUUUUUUAAACUUUUUCUCAAAGAUUAAUCAUUUUAAUGGAUUUUCCUUAUUGACAGGAGGUAUAAUUAACUAUUAUGACACAAACUUGUUUAUUUCCUUAUAAUAUUUUUGUUAUUUUAAAAGGGUUUUCUGGCGAAACGUAUUGAUGGGCUAUUUUUUAAAUAUUGUGUGAUCACUGGGGUUAAGACCCCCUGGGACCUCCAGUGAUCACACAACAUAAAAGGGAGUGUCACGGUCCCCUCAUUGUUUCUCCAAGCACAGCGUCUUGGCCUCACCAGUGGCUGUGCUUUGUACUGCAACGGUUUAUCUUUUGGGGACCCUGGGUCACCCAUAGUGAUCACAGAUUGAUGGCCUAUGAUUCUUCCACCCACCCCAGGAAAACCUAUUGAAUAAAGUAGACAAUCUAAAUAAUAAAUCAGGUGCAAUGUACAGAACUGUCAAGAUAUUUUGUUCUAUAUGCUUCUAUACAUCAAUUGUAUAAAAUAUUUAAGCUCUUAGUGAAUAAAAUAAUCCUGUAUAACUUUAGAUUUAUAUAUUUUGGCUGACAAUUUAGUAGUUUGUGAUAUACAUAUUUCCAUGGAGCAAGUUGGUAACAGUGCUCGUCAUGUGACUUUUUUUUUUAAGCAGGGGAAUGUUUUUCAUACUUUUUGUACCCAGCGCACACUCCAGAGUUGGGAUUAAUAUUUUUUUUGUAAAGCUUAUAGUUCUUUACAUGACAAGGUUUUUAUUUUUACUGCUAAUAUUUUUUUAUACCAUAUUUUACCUUUUGUAAAUAUUUACAUGGAAGGCAGCUAAAUUUACAAGUCAGUGACAUCAGGUAGAAGAUAAAAAGGCUAACCCUGUGUACCAUCUUUAACCUCGGAAUAAAAAUAGUUUGGUUAAUUCCGCUCUCCUACUAGCACCCUGCAUUCCAAGAACAAGGCCCAAUUUACAAGUCAGUGUUUUGGUGAGUGUUUGAUCAAGAAUCAACAUGAUUGAUCCCUUUUCUCUCUAAGGUAAAAAACAGCCAGUCGAGUAGUCUUCCAGUCGCCAUACACACUAGCAGUUAGAGCCCACUUAAAUUGAAUACUGCAGGCUGUAAAAUAUAUACACCUUUUGUUUUUGCACUUGUACUGUAGCGGACUAUCCUGCUGCAUCUGGCAAGGAUCCAGGAGCACAAUACUGCUGCCUGUGUCUCUUCCUGCCUCCUCCUCCCUUCUCUCCCUGCUGGAAGGAUCAGGGAGGGGAAGUCAGGUCACACAGGCUGUACAGUAUCAGGGUGUAGGCGUACACAUAGCGGAGAGUGGAAAUAACACGAUUCUUAGUAUCAAUGACACUCAGCAUAAGGGAGAAAAGGUCCUUUAUGGGCGGUAGAAGGAGAUAACAGACCUGGAAUGAAACUGAGCUCAUAGGGCUAGUGAGGGCGGCAGCAUCCUGGACACAUAGGCCUCAGGUCCAGCACUUAUUACUGGGAGGGACACGCCCUUGAAUGAAUUAACGAAGAUUGCAGGCUGAGACUUAUUACAACGUUUUGUAACUCCUGGUAACCUCUAACAUAUGUAACAAUAUUUUAACAAUAUCUCAAGGGUAUCUGUAGCCUUGAAAGGGACAUUAAAAAAAAUAGAUAAAAUAAUGGUGUGCAUUACUCUAGCUAUCUCAAUCAAAAUUGCUGCUCUCCAAUGUAAUUUUCACUCUCUUCUGUAGCCUUACUCACCUCUCUUGUUCCUAUACUUCCCAUGGGCCUCCCAUGAGUGCAUUGCAGUCAGCUCUUGUUAACCCCUUCUGUCUUUCCUCCCUUGCGUAUAAAAUAGUCCCUCACAGAUUCCAGUAAUAAACAGUACUGGUAUCUAAUGCAAUUUCCUCCUCCGCUACCUAGAGAGAGAUACAGCGCUAUAUUUCUAGGAGUUUACAGGUAGUAAUGAAUAAAUAAAAGGUGUCUGGGCCACCGCACUAUGAGAUAACUGUCAGCACUGAGCGGAGGGUGCAAGGAAGCAACUGGGUGUGUUAGUUUGUCACUAAAAGUAGGAGAAAGUGGACCAGAAUUUCUGCCAGCAGGGGGCGCUACCAGAGAGGAAAUUUUUUAUUGCAACAAAUUUAUUUUUAUUGUAAUACAGUUUGUGGGAUAACCCUUUUAGCAUUGAUGGGGAGGUCAAAUGAAUACUAGAGGGGCAUCUAUUAAAAAAUAAAAAUACACUUUUGGAUUGGGCAGAAGAUGAUAAAGCAAUUUGCUUUUUCUCAACUUAAGUGUUUCUCUGAGUUGGUGAGAAAUGUGUCAGGUUUACGUCUUGAAAACAGAAAUGGCAGUAGUUUUAAAGGGAGUUACCUCAUUAAGUUUCUGGCAGUGAUCUGUUGUACUCCAGAACAGCAUUGUAAUCAUACUUGUAUUAGCAUUUGUGUGAUUUGCUUGCGGCACAAAAUUGUCUUUAUUAUGCAAACUCUGCUCCAAGUGCCCAAUGGGCAUUAUCCAUUCUGCAUGUGCCCAAACCCUCAGAUUCCCUUUAAGUGUUACAUUAUACAUGGUGUCUUGUUUCUAAGGGGGUGAGCCAUGUCCUUAUACUUGUAAUAUAGCACAAGAUAGUCAUGGUGCCCCAGUGUAAUUUACAUGAAAUAUCCUACGUUCCUAACAACAGCUGUAUCCUCACCUGUUUAGGAAUUAUAAGGUUUUGGACCACUGGGGUCUUGGGUUCAAACGAACCAAGGGAAGCAUUUGUUAGCCCUGUGUUUAAAUAGGUUUCCAACCCCACUUCAAAACCAGGAUCAAGCGAAGAUUAUGUCCUUCUAGAUUUAUUUUAUUUCACUAAAUGUCUUAAUAUAAAACAAGCAAUAAACUAUGUACAUCACUAUCACUAAAAAUAUUGGCGUAAAUUUAAGGAAAUAAAAAAUCCAAAGGGACAUAAUUUUUACAUGAUUCCAAAACCAUACUGAUAGAUCACUUGGUCCAAGUUUUUUAUGGAAGGUGGCGGACAAGAAAUUUGGAUUGUAAGUGACCAUCUCUGUAUAGCUCUGCAGAAGUUAUGUAGAUUUCAAACUCCUGCAGAUUUUGACUUACUACUACUUAUGGAGGCUUUCCCAAAAUACCAGUAGGACAUUUUCUAAAACCCUGAUCAGUAGAGCACUGACAAUCCCCAAAACAGGUCACCAAGCUAAUAUCAGUCAUGAAUAUGGUUAUAACAGCUAGUGACAGCACAGAAACACAAUUCUAGUGAAAGCUUAUAAUUACUAUGUAGUGUCCUCAGAGGGUUAUUUGUCAGCUGAUGUGUGCAUGAUAUUGUCUUGCUAUUUUAGAGCUGAGGGUUUAUCUAAGGUUAGAAUCUUAUUGGUACUAACUUGACCUUAUUUGAAUAUAUUUAUAUUUUACGCACAUAUCUAAUCUGUGUCAUUUAAGGGUUUGUAAAAUUUCACAGAGAAGACUGACUGCAGAAACUUUUUAACUAGAAAAUGUCUAAUUUGAUUGACUUGAUUCAGAUGGCCAUUCCAUUUUCCGUUUGCAAAACACGGAAGUAUCUGAAUGUUCCUAUGACGUCCCACUGCUUGUUUUCUUUCUUGAACCAUUUAUUUGAAUUAAUGAGUCUCGGAUGGACAAAAAUGGUGUCUAUGUAAAUAAUGAAAAUCCAUCAUCUAAAUACAGCCCCCCAAAAAAAACAUGGUUGAUGGCUCUGAUCGCUUUGCCACUGAACUGCCCUUCAUAUCAGAUUGGAUGAGGUCUUAAUUUACAAAUGGGUGCAGACAUAUUGUUGCUAUGUUAACUGCAGUAUCGCCUGAACUCCCUGCAGUUUUACUAAACAAAAUGUAAGGUAUUGUAGAUUCCUAUGCUGCUGUAAGUUCAGUUCCGUACAUCUGCAAUAGGGUCUGAGGUUUUCAACUGAAAUAGUUUGCAGCAAUAUGCAAGAACACCUAAUUCUGAUACAUCUCUGUUGUAUAUGCAUUUUCCAAAGCAAAAAAGCUAUGUGGAGGUAGAAUUAUGUAAAUAUACAGGGUUUUUUUUCAGAUAAGAUUUCUCUUCACCUGAGUAUUUUCCUGCAUAUUGUCCCUGUAGCAUACAAGGUACUUCACACCCAGUUUUUUAUUUUGCCAUUCACAGAUUUUAUGGUGCUGGAUACAUUGACAGCUUUCUUCUGUGUGUUCAUUGACAUGUAUUUUAUGUUAUAUAACAUUGCUUUACUUACUUCACAGUGGCCAAAAAACAUCACUUGUUAGAGAAUGCAUAAAGAAUUUUUUAGAAUUUUUUUUGCAGUUUUGACUUUAUUUUUGGCGACUCACCUCUGUUUAGUUUGUACUUAUUUCUUUUUAUUAAAUUUCACUUUUAUUUUGCA